ACCAGCUUGAACAAAUCACUUCUUUGCGACAAGAGUAGCUGAGCACUACCUAUGGCGGAUGUAUCGCUAGAAACCCUCGCAGAGACACUGGUCAAUGUGAAGGCACCGCUGGCCUUGCGUUUCAGGGCCCUCUUUUCCCUCAAGGCGCUCGGCGCAGCAGGCGACUCGCAGGCAAUCGAUGCCAUUGCAGCCGGCUUCAAGGACGAUUCUGAGUUGCUGAAGCACGAGCUAGCUUAUGUGCUGGGUCAGACAAAACAGGAGGCUGCAAUCGCGCACCUGACAAAGGUGCUCGAGGAUAUGCAGCAGCAACCCAUGGUCCGACAUGAGGCAGCAGAGGCACUAGGCGCCAUUGGAGAUGAUCGCAUUCUCGCAGUAUUGGAGAAAUACGAGCGUGACGAUCCUCUCGAGAUUGUACGACAGACGUGCGAGCUUGCUAUAGAACGAAUUCGGUGGAUCAAGCAGCAGGCUGGCCAAGCGAGUCCUGAGGAGCUGCAACAAUCUGCUUAUGUAUCGGUCGACCCAGCACCGCCCUCCGUGGCCAAAGCUGGACAAGAUGUCGCUGCUGAAGUGGCUUCUUUGAAAGUCGAACUCAAUGAUACAAAGCUGUCACUGUUCAAUCGCUACCGUGCUAUGUUCAGACUUCGCGAUAUCGGCACGGAUGCUGCCGUGCAUGCGCUUGCCUCUGGAUUUGCAGACAGCUCUGCACUGUUCCGACACGAGAUUGCUUAUGUCUUUGGUCAAAUGUCACACCCGGCGUCUGUGCCAAGUUUGAUCCAAGUACUGAAAGACACAAAAGAGGAAGGCAUGGUCCGGCACGAGGCCGCCGAGGCUCUUGGAUCAAUCGCUUCAGACGAGGUCUUGCCUGUACUUGCACAGUUUGCCAAAGACAGCGAGCGCGUAGUGGCAGAGAGUUGCAUCGUGGCAAAUGACAUGGCAGAAUAUGAACGCAGCGAGCAGCUCGACUACGCACCAGUACAAACCGUUGCAGCUUAGAUUUUCAACCAGUUUUAAAAGAUGUGCUUUGAACCUAGCGAUAGCCUAAUGCCGAACACUUCCCGUU